CGCUGACUUGCUGUGAUUAUUAUCCCUCCAUUCAAUUCAAUUCCGCAUUCAUGGCUACAACUCAAGCAUCAGGCAGCUUGGUGAACAAGCUGCCUCUGCGUCUCCGCAAUUUUUUCGCCCGUUACCCUCCCCAAAUCUACUCCGCCACGGCCCUACGCUCGGCACCAUCCGUAUCAUCAGACGCCGCCGCGCCAACAUCAUCAUCAUCAUCAUCAUCAACAACAACAACAACACCGUCGUCAUCGUCCUCCUCUCUUACACCCGAAUCCCUUCCGUCUCCAUACACCCCCAACAGAGAUGCAAAGGGUCACAAGCGUCCCGACCCCACCGCUUAUUCGCCCUCGCGUGCUCUCCUCGUCUCCGCCGAUACGAAACACCCCAACCCAUUCCUCCCGCGGAAGAACUACCGUACCGGCAAAUGGUUCGGUCCUCAGGUCGGCCUGAGAAGGCAAGCGGAGCUGGUGCAGCUGGCUAUCAAGUACAACGUCGAGGCGUUGCUUCCGCCCGGCCGGAAAUCGACCGAGUUCAAGGAGACGAGGCGGGCGGAACGCGGUCUGCAGAUCAAGGGUACUGGUAUUGGACAGAAGGUGAAGGGUCAUAAGUGGGAGAGGACGAUGGAGGCUCGUCUGGAGGAUAGACGUAAGGCUAUGAUGGAGAUGCCGGAGAUGAUUCGGUUGUGGAAGCAGAGAGGCCAUGGUCGUGGUUGGAGGCAGUGGCCCAAGCGGUAAAGGGUUGGUUCGCCUUAACUGGGACUCGUUGUAUAAUGUAUCAAUCGUCAUAUCGUCUCUUUCCUUGUUUCCCAGUCACCUCAACAAUGUAUAGCUAGAAUGGAUGAAAGCUUUGGGUGACUUGUAGUUGGGGGUUUGGAUGGGAGUUUUCUUUUCGUUUUUAGCUUGCAUGCACUGUAUAAAUAGAUAUUCUCGCAAUAUGGUGUGCAAGACACACUGUUGUUAAAUGAUAAAAG